GCAGGCCGACGGCAGUAUCACAGUCAGGAUGGUUACGCUGGAUGUUAAGACGCUUACGGUACCUGUGGGUAUUUUGAGGAUACUGGCAGUCGUUUUCACGUGCGUCACUUUCAGCUUGGUUGCAUCUGUGGGCCAUAUAGGGGUCUCAUUUUGGGCAUGGUGCAUGUUCUCUUGGUGCUUCUGUUUCUCUGUCACCCUCAUCAUUCUGGUCCUGGAGUUCACCAGCCUCAGCUCGAAGCUGCCCAUCUCCUGGGAUGAUUUUACCACCGCUUUUGCCAUGUUGGCCACCCUAAUGGUGCUCACAGCGUCCCUCCUCUACUCCAUCAUCUUCACUUGUAGUGCUUGUGGUGAACAGAUUGCGGCCUGCGUUUUCUCCUUCCUGACCUUCAUCCUCUACGCUGUCGAGGUUGGACUGACUCGGGCCAAGCCUGGUGAAAUCAGUGGGUUUCUCUCCACUGUGCCGGGCCUGCUCAAAGUUCUGGAGGCCUUCGUGGCCUGCAUCAUCUUCAUCUGUGUGGACCUUUUGCGGUACAACUUGCUUCCAGGUCUCCAGUGGUGUGUUGCUGUCUACUCCAUUUGUUUCAUUAUUUCCCUCCUCAUCAUUAUUUUAACUAUCGGCCGCCUGCUGUCCCGCUUCCCUGCACCUUUUAGCAAAGUUCUGAUCGUCUGCAAUGUGCUGGCCGUGCUAAUGUACAUCACAGUUGCCGUCAUCUGGCCUUUCUACAUCUUUAAGUUAUAUCCCAGACCAAACUCCUGCCCUGUGGUCUGCGGGUGGGAUUUGGCUGUUGUUGUCACUUUCAUGACGUAUUUCAACCUGAUUGCUUAUAUCGUUGACACAGUAUAUUCUUUCAAGUUGGUUUUCUUCACCACUCCAGCAUAAGCACAUAGUUGCAUUGAUCUGAAUAAGGAGAUUUUGUUCCUGCUGGAACUUUGCUUUUGUCAAAUUGUAACAUGUAUUCAAUAGCAUAAUUACAGUGUGAUGUCUUUGUAUUUUACACGCCUACCUGCUGAUUUCCAUUGUAUUUAAAAACAUAGUUAUAUUAUGAAUUAUGUGACUAGUUAAUUACACUUUCGGAUCUAUUUGUAACAUUCAGCUAAAAUCAUGUUGUGCAGGCUUUCUUCUAAAGGGCUGCAGCUGGUGCAUGUUGGUUUAGACACAUAUUUCAAUCCUGUGAGACUAAGUAAAUCUCCAUUCCCAGAGUUGGAUCCCAGCCCAUAAUACAUUAUGUUUACAAAGGUGUGUCAAAGUGCAAACAAACCAAAACACAUCGCAACUUUUGUUUUUGAAUUUACUUGUCCAAAGUAACUUUUUCUGAGUGGUAAAAUAAAGGACCGAUAGAGGAAGCACUAAAAACACCGAGGAGACACUGAUUAUUGUUUUUAGAUAUAUAUAUCUUCAAAGGACCUAUUAUGCAAAAUUCACUUUUUGCACAUUUUUGUACUUCCAUUUGGGUCUCUACUGCUUCUAGAAACAUCCAGCUGACUUCUUUAAAACAGGUCUGAAAGCAUAUUUGUUUACUCCAGAAUUCAAUCAAAGAAUCACGUGAACUGUUCGCUUGA